GGGGGGGAUAAAUAUUCAUAGAAAUAUGCAAGAUUAUAUCACAAGUUCAUAAAGGAGAGAAAAUCGCUCUUUCUUUUCUUUUCUUUGAUACAUGUUAUUUAAAAGACUAUAUCUUCUUGUUUAACUAUUUAUAUGGGAAAAAUGAUUUUAUUCCACCCCAUUUUUCAUCUUUCCCAGCCAAUAUCAAACUGAAAAAAAAAAAACCAAAAUGUCAACAACAGGCUCAGAAAACUACAAUCAACAAUUCAACUUUUUCCAUUUUGAUCAAGAGAGCGAUUUUGGCAUCGAAACAGAGGAUGGACAAAGGAUCAAGAAGAAAAAGAGACCCGGUCGUAAACCUAAUCCUCCAACAGUAGAGAAAAGACGAGCACAGAAUAGAGCAUCACAACGAGCUUAUAGAGAAAGAGAGAAUCAGAGAAAGCAAGAGUAUGAAAAGGAAAGAUUGUGUUUUCUAAAAGAGAUUCAAGCUCUGAAAAGGAAACUAGCUCAAGCACAGUACGAAGCAAAUUACCUAAGAGCCAUGGUGCUUCAUUUCACACUAACCAUGCUAGCAGAGAAAGGAUCAGUACCUCAUCUUUUUGUGGAUGAAGAUGUAGCCAAUACGGCUUCAUAUGAUAUAAAGCAAACUAUAUUGAGCAAUCCCCCUUUACUCGAGAUAAUCCUAGAAAAUAAGCGUAUUGUUGAUUUCGCUCAAGCUUUAUACAACACUUGCCAAGUGAAAAAUGCUAUGCACCAUAAAAGAAAGUUUUACAAGUUCCCACAGGAUUAUAUUCCCUUGAACAGCGAGUGUCAGCAGAUUGAAGCCACUUUUCCGACACAGCCAAUAGAUCCAAAAUUAGGGUUUAGUCAACAACAAGAAGAAGAUGCCCUCUUGGCUGAUACUCUAGCAGCACAGGAGGAAGACGAGAUAAUGACGACAGAACAGAAUCAAUUGACUAUACACAAGAAGCCACUCAGGGGCGUUAUUCUACAGUCCCCUUCUCUCAAGACAGCCGAUGAUUUUGUUCAUAUGCCGCCUUUGCAAGCAGUACAUAUCACGAAGCUUCAACUGAAAAUAGCGAGCAUCAUGGGACCAAACACUCAACUAGCUUUAGCUCCAACCACCUUACAGAAACUCAUUCCUCAUGAUCUGAGAAUAGACUAUAUUCCUGGACCUUCGAUAAGAGACAGAAUGAUCUUAUUUCAGGACUAUUUUGAUGUAGAUGAAUGCUUUCAGUAUUUGACUCAGAGUACCGUCUUCACCGGUGGAGAUGUCCGUGUACCCAGGAAUUGGCGUACAGGCUCAGAUUAUGCCUCCAAGUUUUGGUUUUGCGCUCAUGAAUUUAUCGAUGAGUCAGGCUUUCGACAGAUGGCAAAUGCUUGCAACAGUGUAUUAGAACUGUUAAAGGAGAAAGGGUCUACGGACAGAAACGAACUGGCUUCGACUCCUCUUUGAAUAAACCUGUGUGUAUUUUAUUUAUUAUAUUUGAGCAGUAAUAAUAAGGAUGCAUAUAACAGAAGGGACAUGAAUAAAGAAAAAAGAAUGCGUCAUGGCUUACACAAGUAUCGCGUAUUACUUUACUGAUUUGAUCCCUUUAUGCUCCUAUAAAUAAAAUAUAAAAAGAGAGAUCAUGUGAACACAAGCUUUUAUUGUUCUCUCUCUCUCUCUCUCUUUCUCUCU